UCAAAUUCAUUUCAACAUUGACAGAUGGUACGUUUUGUGCGGUUUGCCUGUUCAAGCGCGCUGCUUCAGCAACAACAAUUGUUUUCUAACUUUGCUUUUUAUUUGACGACCCAUCUAAUCUUCUGCAGUCCAAGGCAUCUUCAGAAAUGAUGGAAAAACUGUACAAAACUUGUUGCCGAUUAUGUCUGCACGAUGGUUCUACUCAGCAGCUGCUGGACAUACUUUCUGUGAAAGGAUUAAAAGAAAACAUCUCUAACAUUUUCAAUAUAGAGAUAGAUACUCGGGAUUGCUGCACUACUAAUGUUUGUUUAAACUGUUUUAACGAGACAUUAAGUAUGGAGAAGGAAUUUCAAUUGUACGAGGAGCAAAAACGGAUAAUACUCGCCAACCAGCUCAGACUGCAGGAAAAUCCUUCAGAAGCAACAAGUGAAUUGGCAUCUAGUGCAUUGGCUAGCUCAGUUGCUUGUAUUGAUGGAGAUGCUGGAGGAAAAAAGUCUGUUAAUGCACCGGAACGUUCAAGGAAAGCUCCUAAAAUUGCACCAUACAACCUAAAUUCAAAGAAAGAUCAAUCGAUGAAAACACAGCGUAUCUCUAUUGAUCCAGUUGACGUGAAUUUAGAAGAAACAAAAAACCAACAAAACAAAUCCAUAACCAAAACAAUUAAAGAUAAAACUAAAAAAAUCAAAUUAGUGCAGAAUGCUCCUGCCAAGACGAAAACAUCGUGCAAAGAGUCAGUGCAGGAAAAAAACCCGUCCCAAAAUGUGGUUGUUGUUCCUGUAGCAAACCUCCAACAACAGUUGGAACAAUCUCAGAAAGAACAAACAGAAAAUGCAAAUGAAUGUACAAAUGCUACAGAUUCCAAUGAAUUGCAAAGACCAAAACCGGGGAUUGUUGUAACAGGAAUAUUGAAAAGAAGAAUUGAAAAACCGCAGAAUCUUGCUCCUGUGCAAAGUAAAAGCUCUAUUAACAAUACUACCGUGCAUAGGAGUGCUGAUGUUAACAAAACUCAGCCUAAUAAUGCUCAUAAUGUUGUUUUAAGCUCAACAAAUAUCGUUCAUGAUGCUGUCGAGAGCAAUUCCAUAAAUGCAGUAAAUAUUCAACGACAAGAGGCACAUGCAUCAAAUAACGAACCACGUUCGUUUGUUAUACAAAAGGUUGUUACCUUCCAGGGAUCCACACAAAGCAAAGAAACCACUACGAUUGCUUCAGCAGUUUCGAAUACUAACGGUGGAAUGGUAUGGAUAAAUAGUCCUGUAAACCAACCGGUUACAGUUCAAUCCAAUUAUGGGAACAGUGAAAUGCAAAAUAAGGGGCAAGGUCCAUCUCCUCCAUUGACAGUAUUUAACAUUCCUGCCAUUGCAGUACAGCAAGGUGCAACGGCUUCCGUUCCGUUGCAUAAUGCGCUUACCACUGUUGUCAGUAGUGUAGAUUCGUCUGCUACAAAUUCAACUUUAGGUUCAUCUACGGCAACUCAAGUAGCAAGAUGUAGUGUAACAACGAUUCUGCCCCAGACCGUUUUUCAAGCCAGAUGUAAUACUCACUCAUCGAUGCCGGCACUUAGUAUAGGUGCUAACGCAUAUCAAGGAUCGCCCUUGCCUGCAAUGAAUAAUGCGAAUGACAGUGCAAACCAAUCAUCUUUGACCACUAAUAACACCAAUUUGGUUACUGACCAGCAGCCAUCAUCUUCAUCAAACGAAACAACUAGUGAAACCGGAAAUAAUGUUGACAUUAGCAAUACGAGCCCUGCUGCUCUUACCAAAAAACGCCGCCAUAGUACCUACAUUCGAGUAUCUUCCAACUUGUUUGAUGAACCUCCAGAAAGAGCACAAUUUGCUAUGUUGAAUAAUAAUCUUUUACUACGAAAUUUUGAAACACAAAUGAAUGCUCCAACCCCAUCGCACAUCGUACGAUUGCCGGUAUUACCACCUGGUCGCAGAGUACAGGCAGUUCUUAAUCCAACAAUGCUGCCUGGCAAUCAGCAAACUCCACAUCCUUCUUUAAACAACUACCAAUGGCAAAACAAUGUGAAUAAUGUACAGCGUUUGCGCCAUAUAGCUCCCACGUCUACCAGUAUCGCAGGCACUGUAGGAACUUCUGCUAAUUCCGGGAUCUUUUCAACAACAGUAAACAACUCAACUAUCGUUCAGCAACAAUUUUCAGGAUCUAGCUUGAUCCAUCAGGGUCGUGUUGUUUCACAUAAUAGCAAUCUUAAUCAAUUGUCAGUCACUAAUAUUAAUCAUACCGCUGGAAUUGUGGAUCGUACAGCAUCUGUUCAGACUGACUUACUGACAACAAACUAUGAAGUCAACAGUAGAAAUGCAACCCUCGCAAAAGAUGUUGGUCAACAGCCAAGUCGUCCUUGCUUCAGAUGCAACAUUUGUAAUACUUAUUAUCUAAUAGAACAUAAUCUACAAUCACAUUUGCAUCGCGUCCACAAUGUAGAAAAAACAGAACAGACCUGUUCAAAAGUCUAUGAUGCAAACAUUCUUAACAAAUUACUCACACGCUUUCGACGUAAAUCUAUUGCUGAUCCUUUAACUCUUAGUAAUAAUCGUACGCAGCUAAAUUAGGCUGAAACAUGAAGACUUUUAUUCACUGGAAUCAUUUUAGUGUUUUCAUUUUGUUUUACUAUGCCAGAAACAUUUAUAUGGUUUGCUUUCAGCUUAUUCUCCUUAGAAAUUUAAGAAUUAAAAUAUUGUUUUUGGAAUCCAAAGGAUACACAAGAAUUCCAAAAAAAGUUGAUAAACAUACAGUUCAUCUUAUUAUGCAGCACUUAGAAUUCAUGUUAAUUUUUGAUGUACUAAAAAUAAAAAUGAGUAGAUGUAAUUAGGAAUCGAACUUUCAAACCUCAUGUUGUUUGCAUAUAACGAAUUAUUUUUUGUAAUGUUUCUCAACUUAUAAGAAUAUUAAUAAAAUGAAGAAAUAACCAAAAAAACGGUUCAUAAGCCUUCAUGAAACUUCUUUGUAGCUUUCACUAAACAAGGACAGCGAUUGAUGCCUUAACCUUAAGCCGCAUUGCGUAUUCGACCGUAAAAUGAAGAACGAUGCCAUAUGUUGGUAAUGGCUUUGAACCUUAGUUUUUGUAGUUGUGGUCUGCACGCGCAUCGAGGUUUCUGGGUUAGUAGAUACCGUUAUUAGCGUUCAUUCUUGGAGGAUGUUUGUCUAACUUACAAAAAAAAAAAACACACACACACACACAAAAAAACCAAAAAUCACGGUGGAUGUAUGAACGCAUUCGAUAAGUGUGUUUUAAUUACUGAUUGAAUGCAGAUGGCUUUGGUAGUGGGUAUGAUGAACAUGUUGGAUACAAACCAUUCUAGACCAUUAGAAUGAAUGUUGUUUUCGUAUACCGAAUACAAAACGAACUGGAUAAUGAAAAUGGGGCAAUUUGAUUACAAGUCGUUUAGGUUGAGCUUUGUGUCAUUUAGAACUUUCUUGCUAUCUUGGUUUAUGGGAGGUUACGACGUUUUUAUUAGAUUAUCAAAACUAUCAACCGAUAUUAGGGCUGAGUUAAACAACAUACUUGACUAUUUUUAAUUUUACAAAAUUCGCUUUUGGUAAGCUAUUACAAGUCUCCAAAUUGUUUUCUACGCGUGUAAAUAAAUGUCAACUGUUUUUAAAUGAAGCUUUAUUUCAUUUACACCGAUAACAAUAUUAGCUGCUGCUUAAACGUUUGUACGAAUCAUCAACAAAAUAGCUAGCAGUGCUUGCAGAAAGUAACAACGCUAUAGUGGCCAACGUCAUAACGUCAACUGGUAGAAGGGAGAACGAUUAACAUGAUCGGUGGAGGGGAUUCGUUACAUGGUUCAGUCGGAUGGUGGUAGGUUUAGCCCGGCUCCUUUGAAGACCGUUGAUUGCGGUUUAAGCUUUAGCAGCGUGCAGACAGUGGUAAACAGUGGUAAACAUUUUUUAAAGUGAAAACUCAAUGUGGAACAUGUACUGCAUUUCUGUGCGGAAUACCAACAAAAUAAUGCUCUGGAUGUGAUUAAAAAAGGAAUCGAAAAAAGUGCCCGUUUAAAAAGAAAUAAGUGAGGUGUGUUAUGGAUGUUUUAUUUUUACGGCUAUAUCGAAUAGACGUAAUACACAAAUCGUGAAAUGGCAAAAAAGUGUUAAGAAAUAUUUAAUAUCACUUAAAUUUGACCCGUUUUGCCACGAGGGUUGAUGUGAUCGUGAAUCUGAAGUUCAAGUGGCCUCUGAAUCUGAAGAAGUUGGCCGUUGUGUUGGCUGGGUGAACAAAAGUAUCAUGUUAUGAAACACAAAAUUGGAGAAAUAUAAAUUUGUGAAGAGUAAUUGUCAUUCAUUUGUUUUAUCAUAAAAUCGGUUUACUGGUGUUUCGAUUGCAGAGCUGAUGCUAUUCGUUUCCUCGGAGUGUAUUUACAAAGGAAAUAAUAAAGCAAUUGUCAACCUUAAUAUAGUUUUGCAGUCUUUGCAUUUAGCUAGUAAGUGCAUUCGGUGAAUGAAUCUGUUUGUGAUUUGGAUGCGUGAAACAAUCCACAGCUAUUAAAAAUAGUGACAAACAUCGGUGUUGAAAGACUCAAUAACAAGGAAUAUUUUAAAAUAAAUAUAAAUUGUUACGAUUGGUAUUGCCUGCCACCUGAUCGGCCACUUUAGCGGCUGCUAAAAAAGUUCAUGCGAUGAAGCGGAGAUACCGAAAAAUAACGGCAUUAUUGUCGUUAUUUAUCAUCGCUGGUUCAUGGACAUUAGGAGAGGGAAGCAGGGGAUCUGUUCGCUUCACGCUGCAGUCUCAAAAUCAACAGGCUUUUAAAACUCUUAAACCAAAUCUCGAUGACGAAUCUGCUACUGUGCCAAACUCUCGUUUUGUUCGAAGACGCACGACAACAACCUCUAGCUCUUUAUCGAUAGAAACUGCCGCCAAACCUUAUGUAAAGAAAAUAAACAGCAGGUUUGGUGAUGGUCCUACAGAGUCUAAAACAAGUAUCAAAAAUACAGAAAUAUAUCUUGAGGCAAAGGUCGUUAAUCGCCGAGAAAAACAAAAUCCAGCACCCUCGUUACGUUCGGAUAACAGGGCACAACCUGAUUUCGAAAGGCGCAUUGAUGAUAAAGGGCGAAACGAAUUAAAACCUAUGAAAGAUGAAGUCUUUGCUUCAAAAAGAAGAGUAGCUAAGAGUGGUUCUUUUGGCGAGCAGCCUUUAUCAACCGAUGCUAGUACAAUGUUGGAGACUGAUCCAGGAACGAAACGAGCGAAAUCGCUAACAAACUUAAGCAAGAACUCAUCGAAUGACCCUUUUAUUAAAUCUGAGUCACCAAGUCAUUGGUCAAUAUUGAGAGGAAAAACUACAAAGACAUUCCGUGACAUCUCCGCUAAGCGUGAUGAUGGUUCGUCUGAAGAGAAUUAUCCCGAACCAUUUAAAAAGCUUUUAAAAGCUCAGUUUAAUGACGAUACAUUGAAGGAAGUGUACGUGCAAAAAUUAGAAAGUACAAUACAGAAAUCUAUGCAUACUUUAUCUGGACGUAGGAAAAAUCAAUCUACUACGUUGGAAAUACCGCAUAACACACAAAUGAUAGUUAUUGUCAACAAACCCGAUCGAGAUAGCACUCGACGUGUUGAAUCCGCCGUGGUAGAAAACGGAUGGCAACGUCGUACUAUUCUCCCAAAAACAAUUAAACAAACGCGUAGAAAUUCGCAACAUUUAGUAACAAACAGUACAUCUUCUGACAUAAUUCUACAAACCUCUAAAUCCUCUGAGCUAAAUAAUGCUCAAGAAUCAUCCAGGGAAAUGAUGCAACGACUAAGUGUAAGAACACGGUACACUGCAAGUAGUGAACAAUCAUCUAAAGAACAAAUUGAUUUUCCUGUGGAGUAUUCUAUCGAGGGUGUUAAGGAACAGUCUAGCAGCUCGAAUGUAAAAACAUCGCUCAAAACAAACAAAAGGCUUCUUAAUACAGCACAACUAGAUGCACGUAUGAAUGUAAAAGUUUUGAGUACGACUACAUCAGGACCAACCACUACUGUUAAAUUAAUAACACAACGACCUGUUCGAUCAUAUACAAGAAAGCAAAAUACAUUGGCUUAUCUUACGUCGACCACUACAGAACCUACGACUACGACUAGAAAAGCUUUUUUGCCUACACCAAGAGGAGGUGUACAUCGCAAACCUACAAAAACACCUACCGAGAAUGAUGUAUUAAGUACAGGUACAACCGCGCGUUUGGAAUCUGCACCAAAAAGAUCCUCUCCAAUUUCACGAUCGAAUAGCAAGAACCAAACUGAAAAUAAUACUGUUUCCAAUACUUCUACACAAUCAUCAAACUACGAACCAGGCGAUGGAUCUAAAAAAAUGACCCUUCUGUAUACCAACCCGGUAGAAUACCUGCGAAGAAAAUCAUCCUCAACAAAAACCAUUAACAAGUCUGUUAUUGAAAAUUCAAACUCUCUUGUGAGAAUAAAUAAUGGAAGUUCUACUGAAGUUCAACAGCUGUCACAGAAAACUACGUCUACAUCAGCGUCAAAGUCUCCAGCACUCAUCAAACGUAUUUCAAAUAAUGCGUACAAACGACGCCCUUCAUUUUCUUCAAAUCGAGCUAAUAUAAAAUCUGCAGUGUAUACUCCAACAAUUCCAACAGUAACAACGCUGCCGACGGUAAAAGUUAUUGCCGGUGAUCAAACAUUGCAAAAGCCUGCUAACUUCAGCACAAAACUGCCAAGCCGCAUUGCUAGCUUAUCUUCCCACUCUACCACCACCGCUGCACUAGCUAAUGAAAUCGAUGUCUACGACGAUAUCGAUAAUCAAAGCGCUAUGAAACAAAACCAUCAAUUUGAUAGGGAAGAAACCGAAGAAUACAUCGGAAACGAUCUUGAGUCAAGAGGAGUACAAUUGAAAGUGUUAUCAAAUGAACGUCUUCCUAAGAUAUCUGUAGUUGGCGUAGAGAAAACAUCAGGAGGCACCGAAAAACAGAUCGUUCCAGUUUCAUCCGGCUUGACACAAAGCCGCAUAGACAUUGACACACCGAGUCACCGGGUGCAGGAUGUCCCUUCCGCUGUCACCGUGUCGAUAUUCAGCGCUCUAUCCGAGAUCCUUUCGCAACCAACCGAAAGUUUACAUUUUUUGUCCUCCAGCACCGAUGCACCAACUUCUGCAUCUCUAUCUGCAACAAGCACCACUUCAUCUUCAACCACUACAACCACCACCACAACCACAACCACCACCACAACCACCACAACCACCACUACCACUACGACCACUCCUCCACCUCCUCAAUCACCAGAACCGUCACUAUUUUCAAGUAAAUCCAACGACAAGGUACUGGAAUUGGUUGGCAACAGUUCUGCCAUUGCUUCUGACGUAUUACCCAUGCGACUGGAGAAUACGUUUGUACAUACUAGCUAUCUGGAAUCCAUCGAUAACCCGAAUGUAAAUAAACCUGAUCUAACCAAUGCAAGCACACAGAUCGCGGAGGGACCUGAGACAAAAAGGCAAAACAUGUCGGCAAGUUCCCGAAAGACUGCAUCGACACAGUCUUUAUGGACUGGACUAGCCGAGCAGAAAGAAACGAACAGCUAUGAUAGUGACCAUUAUGCAGAAUAUGAUAUCGAAAAUAGAAUUCUCUUAGAAGAAGCUCCUUUUGGAGAAGACAGAACGAUAGGCAGUACAAUUGGUGACUCUUUUCUUCCGAUUGCUUCUGAUCUUCCCACAUCAUCGUUCGAGACCCAUGUUAUAGAGGACAAUGCUGAUGCUGAUGUUGUUCCUUUGUCCAUUACACAGAAACCGUUGAUGCCUGCUGCAGAAACGGAAGCGAUGGAGACUUCGACAUCGACAUCUACACUGUACACUAAUUAUGUGACUGAAGGACAGGAUAUCACGGAGUCUGCUACCUACUACUCAACCCCUACUACCAUUUCCACUGAAAUGAUUUCUAAUAUCGCUUCUACCAUCAACGAUGUAGGCUAUUUAGAGUCGGGAUACAAUUUAACCGCUUCUAAUAAUGAUGCCACACUAAUAAACGCCGUUUCUUCUACUGCAAAUCCAUCAUCAUUUGAUUCAGAAAAUAUUACAAUAACUCCUGAUUACAGCUAUCAGCCUUUCCUGGCUGAUAGUUCUAAAAAAAAUACCUCUGCUUCUGAACAGCCGACAUCCACAUUUCCACCUACAUCUACGAUUAGUAAUUUUAACGGCUUCCCGCAUCUUACUACAAUUUUAUCAGAUACUAAUAUUGGAACCGAAUCAUCCGAUCAGUCCAAUCAAUCUGCUUCGACAUUCUUACCUUACCUUAACCAUGAUUCAAAAACUAGCAACAUCAAUAUUGAAAUAGAUCCACGCCAUCCUACUACUAGUCCUCUUGACCUAGCCACUGAAUUGCCUGCCAAAAUUGUGAACAGUACACCAUUCAUCAUUACUCCCAUCACCUCAAAUGCUUCCACCACUGGUUCGAAACAGACGAGCUCAACCGCAUACGUUACGUCACCACCAACGACCGUAAGUAAGACACUUUACUCUUUUCCACCUGUUUCCGAUGUCACAUCUCGCCCAUCUCCUUCCGAUCUGCUGGCUCGGCUCGGGUUUGCGAAAUCUCUCGAAACUACCACUGACGAGUACCGACCGAGAUUCAAAAUGCGCAUACCAGUCUCGCCAAUUGGUUUUUAUGAUACAGUCCCAGACUUGAGAGUGGAAUCGUCUGUCAAUGGAUCUUUGCUUUCGUUUCCGACUAUGACACUUUCGAGCACACCUGUACCUACUACUGCAAAACUAAAUGCUUCUACUGUUCCUGUUAUAUUCACAACCGCACUUCCUAUGAUAAACAUAACUUACCCGGUCAGCAAACGAUCUCGAGGAAUUGUGGUCUACGGCAUUCUUCCAAACAAUACCGUUAUACGACGAGUGAUUGGUGGGGACGAUGAAGAUGUACACACAACCACAGAAAAUGUACGGAUCGUUUAUGGAAUUUUCCCGAAUGGCACCUUGGUGAGACGCUAUCCAAACGGUAUAAUAGUACCCGAGGUGAAACGCCAAAGUCUCGUGGAAGUUACCAACAUAGAUCCAAGUGAACUACGCAACCCGAAUAGUGCCAUCUAUCGCACGUCAGAACUUCCGCCAUUGUUCAAAUCAUUGAGCCUCCCUCCUGCCUAUAGCACAGCCUCUACUACUAUUACUACUAGCACCAAUCAUACUGCCAGCACAUCCAUUACGAAGGGCUCCGUGGUAUCAAGCACCACUGCUCUACCUACUUCUAGAAUUACUUUUUCCACCACAAUGAACAAAUCCACGGUACUUGAAACAUAUUUUUGAAUCUCCUUUCCAUGUAUAAUGAAUUGCUGAAUGCGUAGAAUUUCUCAAACGCUAGUUCUUGCAAACCCUUUUAACAGUAUUUUGAGUAUAUAUCAUACAUCAUUAUUCAAUUUUAUUUAAAUGCGAUAAACAUAAUGUUGUACGGUAUAAUUGCGUUUUGGACCAGUAAACAAUUACAAAAAUGUAUCUCGAAAUGUACCGCUGCUAUGCUGGAACAAAUUUUUUAUACAUUUCGAACAUUACGAUCUGCUUACAUUUGGGUAUCAUGCAUGAUUUGGGUUCUGUUGACUGUACUCUUCUGUAGUUUAUUUCUUAUCUAUCCCACUCUUCUGUUUCUCGUCUAUCGCUAUAUUUCUUCUGCUGAGCAUUAUUUUUUUAUUUAAGCAACAAUUAGAACAUUCGCUUUGGCAUGUAUUUUUAGAUAUAUUUUGCUUUUUUGUGAUAAGUGACGGAGUGUUACUAGAUAUUAAUGUAGUGUUGUAUUAAAU